CAGCCCGACGAAGAUCAAAUCAGCGACGUCAUCAAUAACAUAGACAUCCCCGACGCCAUGAUCCCAGCCAUCACCCACCUGAUGACCAACGACGGCAUCGUCAACAAGCAUGUCACGGACCAGCACAUAGUUGAGAUGCUCACAGAGGCCCACAAAGGGACAUGGUUCUAUAUACGCAGAGAAGCGAGCUGGGCUGCACCAAGAUCGGGAACUCGGCCUGGCGUCCCAAUAGCCGACUUCACAUUCAACGCGCUUAUGGCAGACGUCACAGCAGACUACCACCAGCGAGCUACCACCGAUGGCGUCGUGGUAACGAUUCCCGAAGCACCACAGCACUUCCAGCAGAGCGAUUGCACAAAGAUGGUAUCUUCAACAUCAUUCGUGGAUUCCAGAGCCGCUAUGACCAGCAACGGCAACGAAAUCCACCAGCUGGUGAGCACAAUGUGGGGACAUCUUAUUCGUUCGACACUCAGCAGAGGAUUACCGAUCAAUACGGCCAAGUCGAGCUACAUCGUGUACCCCAACACCAAGAGCGGCAAGCGCACAGCCCGAACCAUGACUCAAGAGAAGCUCAGCAUAGCGGACAUCGGGUUCACGGCCACCGGGAUCACCCACGACAAGAUGCGCACCCAGCGGAUCACCAACGACCAGAUCCUCGACUGCAAGAGCGACUGCGACGACUUCGUCUCAGACAG